UUUCUAAUCUUAGUUUCAACUUCUAUACAAUUUCUUGAUGGAUCUUUUACCUUCUGGUUUAGCUUCAAAUAAUCAAUCUGUUGUUCGAAAUUUUCUUCAGCUACCGAAGGAAGUAAGAGAUGGAGUUGGGAAAAUCAAGAAUAACUGGAUAAUCGUUCAUGUAAUUGUUUCAUUUAAAUUGAUUAGGAUGGAAGAUCCAGAAUCAGAAUGGGCAAUUCAAGAAUACCCAUCUUGGAAUGAAGAAGGUGAUAUGUUGAAAUGGAUAUUGAAGAAAGGAUAUGGGAUUGGAAAGAAGAUGGUAAUCACUGGUAUUAUCGUGUCAUCUGCACCACUUGUUCUUCCACCACUUGUAGUAUUUUCAGCUAUGGGGGUUGCGUUUUCUGUCCCUUUUGGGCUUGUAUUUGCGAGCUAUGCUUGUACCAAUAAGCUCAUGAGAAAGUUACUGCCCACCCCAGAAAUAGAAUUACCCCUUAUGCGGGAUGAAGAACAGUCGGAGGAUAUAAAACAAGGAUAUGAGUGCUUAGAUGAUUACAGGCAAAUUGAGGGAGGUUUGGUUACAAUUAUGGGAGGGAUUGUAGACAAAAAAGGUUAUUAUACCGAUGAAGAUGACGAUCUCAAGAGACAGAAUCUGAUGCAACAGGAGGACGAACAAGAACGAAUCAGGUAUAUAGAAGAAAGGGCUGAGAUUAGGUUCGAGUUAGACGAUGAUGGAUAUCAUAAAAAAGUGGAAGCUUUAAUGACUAAUGUAGAUGAAAAUGUGGUGGAAGAUGAUCAAGCAUAUGAUCGAAUUAAGGACGUCGAGUUAGAUGAUGGUGGUGAUGACGAUUAUAGGCAAUUUCUGCAAGGAAAAAGUAUUGUCAUACAGCAAGGAGUCGAGAUGAGGCUUGGUGACGAACGUGUUCAAGGGUCGAGAUCGAAUAUAAAGGUUGGUGGCAAUAGUGCAGAUGAACAAGGGUAUGAGGAAGAUGCUGGAGAGUAUCUUGAGGGAGAUGAUGAUGAUAGCUUAGAGGAAGAAAGAAAGGAAGCAAUGGAAGAUGAAACCGAAGAGAUAGUGAAAGGAAGUACCGGGUUGUUGGAAAAAAUAAGGGAUGAAGGGAGGAGGAAUAUCGAUAAUGAAUCCACAACGGAUCCGGUUAGGGUUAAGGAGAUCGACUCAGAGAAGAAACUAGUAGAGGAAGCAAGUAAGAACGAGGAGCCCGGUGGGGAGAUUCGCCAAGAAGUUGUUUUGGCCGGAAGAAAUGAGGAAAAUAACUUCAAUGCAAGAGAAGUAGAACGACAACCGGUCGGAGAUGCCACCAAGAAGAAAAAUAUGGGUUUGCAGGAAAAAAACAGUUCCAUCCCAGAAAAUGAACAUGCCAUCUUGAGAACGAAGGAAGAACAGUUGAUUCAUGCAAAUGCAGAUGCAAGGGAAAUAGGGGGGGAGAGUGGUUUGGAUUUGUUCGGUACGAGCAUGAAUUCGGGGAGCCUUGAAGCGGGUGACGAAGUGGAUGCCAUGGCGCUUCCUAAUUCUUUUAGACGGCCAACUUUGGACUCGGACUAUGUGAAAGUUGCUUCUACGACAGAUACAAAAGUGCCAUCCCGAGAGUGUUGUGUUUUGCAGGACAAUUUAGAUGAGGAGAAAAUUUGGGAAAAAAUCAGCACGAUGAGGGCGAUCGUGGGAUACAAAGCACCAAGUGAAGCAACAUAUAUGGGAGAACUAAAGGCUCUAUAUGUGUUCACUGGGAUAGAGCCACCAGCAUCGUUCAAAGGCGAUUCGGAUCUGGAUGAAGUGAAUGCCAACCUCAAGUUCCUCAUGUCGAUUGUUGGUGUGAAGUAAGUUUGAUUGUCUAAGUAGAUUUUUGUUAAUUCUGGUUGCUUUUGGUUUGGAACUCCCUUGAUCUAUACGUUGUACGAGUGUCUGGAGAAAAUGUAUGUGAAGCUCAUCGAUGUUGAAUCUGUCCUCUGAAAACGGUAUUUGUUUAUGUUGAUUUUACACGGAAAACAAAAGAAAGCGCAUAAGAAAUAAUUUGUAUAUGGUUGUGUUUAAGAAAGCAAUUUUUUAAUGGUUAGAUUUUUAUACAGGUAACUAAUUUUUAAAGUUUCGCGGUUUAUUUGUUCAAUAAAAAUGUUCAUGCCUUGUAGGAAUCUUAGCCGUUAUCAUGCCUCUUACCUUGCUAAUGUGGUAAGGUAAAUGAAACGCUAUAUGGUGUCCAAGUUUUGUGAGUUAUCAACUUCUA